AUGUCCUCGUUUCCGCUACUUUCUCUUCCUUCGCUCGUUAUUUGGAAUGUCAUUGAUAACUUGAAUACAGAGGAAACACUAGACUUGUCGAUGUGCUCGAGGAAAUCUCGAUUUCUCGUUCGUGCCUGCACUAAGAAUCGAUAUGAGUUGAAGAUCAGAAUAUGUUAUGAGAAUAAGUUGGUUCUAUAUUCGAAACGAAAUCCAGCUGACAAAGUAACAUUCGCAUUUGAAAAUUAUUCAGUCAGAUGUGAUUAUUUAUCUGUUGCAUUCAAUCCACUCAUCAGAUACAUUCCUUAUCAUCGUCAAUCGGGAACGUUUUCGUUGGAAAAGGAGUUUAUUGAGUAUUUCCUGGGAACAUUUCGUUGUGUAAUUGAUGAAAUCUAUCUAUUCAGGUGGUACAUUCAUUGGAUAUGUUUUCGAGAUCUUAUUGAUUACUUCUCAUCACUACAGACAUCUGUUCGAUACUUUUUUCUUGGGGGUUAUGUGGAGAAAGAUGAUCUGGAUUAUUUUCUGAAUACUUCUACAGUAAGCGAACAUCUAUCCUUGGAAUUAGGUACUGAUCACACACCCGGAACUGAUUUCUAUAUUGAUUUGUAUUCAAUCAUCUUAUGGGGUGGUGGUUGGAUGAAUCUGGAUCACUUUCUCAAAAUCAACUUUACCGCUUGCUUUUACGAUGCAGACACCUCUUUAAUCACUCCAACUGAUUGGCUAAUUCUAAUGAAUUCAUGGAUAAAUGGAUGGAAUCGAAGAAUGAAAAUAUUUGAAUUUCAAUCACAUGAAUUCAAUUUUGAACUCACUGAAACAAUGCUUGAACAAGUUCCAGGACAGAGAAUUGAUAAAAAUGUUGUAAGAUUUUAUGAAUCACCAAGUGCAGAAUUCAUUGAAGUUGGAGAAGUUUUGGAAAUUUAUGGAGGUUACGAUAUUCGACGAGCUGAAGAUGGAGUUGUUGCGACAGUUGUUAGGCAUCCGAUUUGUCCACUGGACGGAGUAUUUGUGCUCUACAAUUUGAGUUUCAUUUCUCGUGGAUUGGACACUUGCAAAAAGCAUGGGAUGGAUGCGAGGGUUCAUCCGAAAGACGAAGAUGAGGUGAUUUUAACAAGGCAAAUGUUCGAUAAACUGACUCAAGAGAGACAAGAAGAAAGAUCUUCUAUUACGAGGUUUUGA